AGUUUAAACUCCGCUCUGCUCUGCUUUCUGGGACCAAAUGAUUAAAGCAAAAAAAAAAAAAAAAAAAAAAAAAAAAGAACGUCCAAACUGGUGAUUAGUGAUCUCUCAAGAAAUGGCCCAUCUCCGUCCCUUACUGUAUUUCAGUGUCCUUGUCUUCUUCGCAAUUAUGACUUCAGUCGUUCAGUGCUUUACUGACCCGCUCGAUGUUAUAGCUCUUCUCAAUCUAUAUAGUACCCUAAACUACCCACCUGAGCUUAUAGGAUGGAGAACAGAUGGUGGGGAUCCUUGUGAUGGAACGUGGACUGGGGUGUUUUGUGUUGGUUCAUCUGUAAUAAACCUUAAGCUUAAUAGACUAAACCUUUCUGGGAAUCUUGGAGACCAGCUUUAUCUUCUCCAUAAUUUGAAGCAACUGGAUGCUAGUUCCAAUACAAUUCUGGGUGAAAUUCCUUCUGGCUUACCUCCAAAUGUCACAUAUAUGAACCUAAGCCAUAAUGUCCUAUCUGGCCCCCUUGGGAAUGCUUUUUCUGGCUUACAAAAUCUUGUGGAGAUGGAUCUGUCAUACAACGAUUUCACUGGAGAUUUAUCAAGUUCAUUUGCUUCUCUGACUAAUCUCAAUAGACUGUUCUUGCAGAAAAACAAAUUCACAGGAUCAGUUUCCUGCUUAUCUGACCUUCCAUUAACUGAUUUGAAUAUCCAAGACAAUUACUUUAGUGGCACUAUUCCAGAGCAUUUUAAGACAAUUCCAAAUUUAUGGAUUGGGGGAAAUAGGUUCGAUGUAAGUAACUCUCCACCCUGGGAUUUUUCUGUGGAAACAACACCUUUGACAGAAAACAAUAGUAGCCCUCCAUUAACAGAACCAAUUAUUAUUAAGAAAUGUCCCUAUAAGAAAAAGGUUGGGAAAGGGGAGGAAAGAUUGGGUCCUGGUGGAAUAGCUAUGGUGGCCAGUGGAGGUGGUUUUGCAAUAAUCUUUGCAGCUCUCUUUAUUGCAAUCUGCAAGACACAAAUAUGUGCAAAGCAAAGGAGCAUGAAGCAUGUCGACGUGUCUCUUCCAGUCAGCAAAGCUGAAGAUGGCAGCCCCCAUAUAUUGCCUCUCAGUUCUCCAGUCACAGAUGGCGGUCUGAAUCAUGCCUGUCCCACUCGUCAUGCUAGAACUGAGGGGGUAUAUAGCAGAAGUUUCUCUAAGAGAUCCAGGUUCCCAGAAAAAACAAAAACUUACACUGUGGCAGAGCUUGAAUCCGCUACUAACAAGUACAGUGAAGAAAACCUUCUUGGAGAGGGAUCUCUUGGGUCUGUCUAUAAAGCUGAAUUUCCUGAUGGCCAAAUUUUGGCUGUGAAAAGGGUUGAUAUGGCGGCACUCUCUUUCACAGAAGAACAACAAUUUUUGGAUGUGGUCUGCACUGUUUCUCGUUUGAGGCACCCCAACAUUGUUAGCCUUCUUGGAUACAGUGUGGAGAAUGGGCAACAUUUACUAGCCUAUGAGUAUGUCAGGAAUCUGUCUCUUGACGAUGCUCUACACAGUGUAGCACACAACCCUGUAUCGUGGAGUGUCCGGAUCCAAAUUGCUCAUGGAGUUGCCAAGGCUUUGGAUUACUUGCAUAAUGCCUUUUCCCCCCCAUUUGCUCACUGCAAUUUGAAGGCCGCCAACAUCAUGCUUGAUGAAGAAUUCAUGCCAAAGAUUUGUGACUGUGGUUUGUCUGUUUUAAAGCCUCUUGUAAGCAAUAGAGUUAAAAUCAAGGCUGCUCAAAUUGCUUUUGCCGACACUGGCUACUUCGCACCUGAAUAUGGGCAAUCUGGGAUUGAUUAUACCAAAAAUGAUGUGUAUGCAUUCGGAGUGUUGUUUCUGGAGCUUAUUACCGGAAAGAAACCGAAUGAUUUGAGACCAGGGGUCAAGCAAUCUCUGUCGAGAUGGGCUUCAUUUCAGCUUCACGACUGUGGGAGUCUAGAUGAGAUUAUUGAUCCUGACAUUAUAGGAACAUUAUCCUCCAAGGUUCUCUCUCGCUGUGCUGAUAUUAUCACCCUUUGCAUACAGCCUGUAAUGGAACGUCGGCCGCCUAUGUUUGCUAUUGUUGGAUACCUGGCAAGUAUCCAGAGAAGGGUCGAGAUGGAAAAACGUGCUGCCGCAGAAGGUAAAGUAGUUGACACUUUCGAGAAAUCAUUCCAUACAACUAACACAGGGUUCAUAAGCUCCCCAACAUAUAGUUGCUCAUCCAUAUGAUUUUGGACACCAAUCUGACCAGCUUGAUUGGUCAUUUCCAUUAUUUUGUUUCUUAGAUGACAAGGAAAAGGUUCCAACAUCAGCCAGAAAUUUUGUUGACUACAUUCUCAUGUAUAGCAGUCUGAGAUUAAUAGAAUCGUUACUCUUUCUGUUGGUGUUUUUUUAAUUAAUGCAGGCGUUAGCCAUGAAACUCACUUGAUCAA